UUCCUUCACAACAAAGACACAAAUGGCUGCAAAGCGAGCUGCGGGUUUCGUCAUUCUGCGAAAACUCAACGACCACAUCGAGUAUUUGAUGCUAAAAGCGAGCUAUGGCGAUCACCAUUGGACACCGCCAAAAGGUCACGUGGAUCCGGGCGAAGACGAUAUGGCGACGGCGCUGCGUGAAACGCACGAAGAGUCGGGCUUCACGGAACAAGAUUUGAUCAUUUUUCCGAAUAUCACGAAGACACUCGAUUACCGGGUCAAGAACAAGGACAAGUCUGUGGUUUAUUGGCUCGCCGAGUUGCGCGACGUCACGAAAGCCGUAACGCUCUCCGAGGAACACGAAGACCUCAAAUGGGUGUCGAAGGAAGAUAUCGUCGAUUUGUGCGGCUACGAGGAUUUCGGAGACAUGAUUGAGGAAUUUCACGCCAAAUACCUCGAUGAACUCGAAAAAUUGUAUUCUUCGUGAUUUAUUGAGUUUUUUUUAUUUCUUAUUUUUAUUAUCGUUUGAUAACAAACCAUUUUUUUAUUUCUUUAUUAAUUGUAUAAGCUUAACCAUGAUUCAAAAAAGUGUCGCCAAGUGACAAAAAAAGACAAAAUAGAUGAAAAAAUGUUUUUAAU